GCAUUAUUGUAAUUUCAAUUGCUAAUGUUUACAAAAUGAGAUGCCCCUUGACUUGGCGAGCUUUAGAGGUUCCUCAAAGUUCAAAGCUUAAAAAAAAGCUUCGUCCAUAAUCUAAGGUUAAACCUCAUAAACCUUUGUUUAUUUCCCCUUCUUUUCUCGACCGAGGUUAAGAAUUCGUGAACAACUAACGAGUCAACCUAAUGGAGGCUCAGUUUCCGGAAGAUUUCAGAUGCCCGAUUUCGCUGGAGAUUAUGUCUGACCCGGUUAUACUAUGUUCGGGUCACACAUUUGAACGUGCUUCAAUCCAACGGUGGUUAGACGCCGGCCACCGGACUUGUCCAAUUACCAAACUGCCUCUCCCUGAAUACCCUUCUCUCAUCCCCAACCAUGCUCUCAGGAGCUUGAUUUCCAACUAUGCCCUUGUCUCCCCUCCGAAAUUACAUCAUCAGCCCCUCGGGGAGCCUCAAGCCUUAAUAACCACGCUUUCGUCGCCCUCUUCCACGCUCGAUUCCAAGCUUGACUCGGUAGAUCAACUCAUCCGGCUCUCAAAGCGGGACGCGGCGUUUCGGUCUAAGCUGACUGAUUCGGGUGUCGUGACCGCCGUGCUAAGGUGUGUUGGCUCGAAUGAUCUGAUCCUCCAAGAGAAAGCUCUAUCUUUACUGAUUAACCUUAGUCUGGACGACGAUAACAAGCUGGGCUUGGUGGCUGAAGGCGCAAUUGGUCAAAUUGUGACGGCUUUGCUAGGUGGUGGGUCGUCGAAUUGUCGAGCCUUGGCGGCCACCGUGCUGACGAGCUUGGCAGUAGUGGACGUGAACAAAGCUACGAUUGGAGCAUACCCAUAUGCGAUUUGGGCUUUGGUUUCGCUUCUCAAGGACGGUAAAGGCCGAGAGAAGAGGGAAGCUGCGACAGCGCUCUACGCUAUCUGUUUAUUCCCUGAUAAUCGGAGGCGAGCUGUGCAAUGCGGGGCCGUUCCGAUUUUGAUGAGGAUUGCAGAUUCUGGACUUGAUAGGUCUGUAGAAGUUCUGGGUCUACUGGGUAAGUGCAAAGAAGGGAGAGAAGAGAUGGUGAACUUUAAUGGGUGUGUGAGGGUUUUGGUUAGAGUUUUAAAGAAUGGCAGCUCCAGGGGUAUUCAAUAUGCACUCCUAACGUUGAACUCCUUAUGUUGUUAUAAUGAAGCAACGUGUCUAGAAGCCAUAAAACAAGGAGUUUUGGAGAUUUGUAUAGGAUUAUUGGAUGAUGAUAAUGAGAAGAUUAGAAGAAAUGCUUCUAAUUUGAUUCAGGUUCUUAGUGGGAACUACUCCAUGAGGUGAAAGCAAAGGAAUUAAUAGCUGUGGUAGAUUCUAUUUGAAUAUUGAAGUUGGAUGCAUUUUGAUUUUGCAGGGUUGGUUUUGUGCCCAGUGGAGCUCAAUUAUUCAAGUAGGUGGGGCUUUCUGUCUGAAGAGAAUGAGAUACUUGAUCAGUGUUGGUUUGAUAUGAAUAUGUUUCUCAUUCUGGUCAAGUUGUAAGAUGGUGGUUUGGCUUGGUUGGCUGAAACUUGUUUUUAAGGAUGUUUUGAUUCUAAUGCUGCGGAAAAGAAGCAUUGAUGGCAUUUUCAAUAAUUUUGCAAAGGACGAACCUGCCAAAAUCGUCUUGUCUUUAUCUAUUCUCUUCCUAAUUAAAGGCCCCUAGUACUUCCAUAAGCUGAUUGCUUCUCUCCUAGGCUUAUCCCUUUCCAGUUUCCACCAACCUAUUAUUUUCAUCUUUCUUUUCUUUUUUCUUUUUUUCCAUUGUAGUUUUUUCUUUGCUGACUUGUUAAAAGGACAAGUUGAUAUAUGAUAUUCCAAUCGAAAGAAAAAUUGGGUUUAGAAUUAUAAGACUUUGGAGUGAACCCUUUUUCUCUUUUGACAAAAGACCAAUAUCACGUUGUCGAAUCUCAUAUGUUACCCCAACAAAGAAGAAAAUUUUAAAAAGAGAGCCAAUAAUAUGAAGAAUUUCAACGUCCACUUCCACUUAUCCAUUGCACCAUCCAAUGGUGGUAUUGUUUGGUGAACUUUCCAGUAAACCCCACAGCCCCUAAUAAUUAUCAUUGCCUUUUGAGAAUUCAUUAACGAUGGACGUGAAAUGGGUAUGGCAGUUCAAAUUUCAUAAUGGGCUUUAUAGAGAUAGUCUAUGAAAUGGCCCAUUGAGCUAUAACUGAGAACUGGUGUUAGACCUCACUGUAAAUUUUUGUUAGCGUUGGUAUGUAAUGGCCUACAUUCAUACAAGUCUUUAGUGUCACUGGCUACUUAUCAUUUGUAAAUGUUGAGAAUCAAGCCAACUCAGCGUUGAUCGUCAGCGAGACAAGUAAGCCCAAAUGCUCUACGGUCUUAACAAUGCCCUGCUAGGAAUCCAAUGGUGAUGCUCUAAAAGAUUUGGGAAUUAUGGUGUAAUGAUUUGGGAAUUAUGGUUAGAAUAUUCUCCUUGUAAUUUGUGUAUUGUAUGACAGUUGUAUUGAGUCUAACAACUACUUUUCUCAUUGAGUAAAUUUUUUUUUAUAAA